AUGAAGAAGCAGUAUGCCCGCCGGGAGAUCUUCUGUGGGAACACGUGCCACGAGCUCAAACGCUUUUGGGAACAGGAAAUUGGCAAGCAGACUUACUACCGGGAAUCCGAGGAGUACCGCCUAGGCAGAAGUGCCCUGAGAAGGCUCAGGGAAGAAUGGAGGCAGAAGCUGGAAAUGAAGCUGAGGCUGCGGAACCACCCGGACGAGGCUGAGAAGCAAAUACACCUCGGCUAAGAGCUUCCAGCUUCC